GAUUUUUCUCUUAAAAAUUUUCCAUUCCUAUUUGUGAACAUCAUAAAAAUAUGUAUCAUAAUGUAUUUUGUAACUUAUUGAGAAGAGGGAGUAGUGCUAAUGAGCCUCUAAUAUCUAGUAUAAAAGAAUGCUUGCUUGAAAAUCAAGGCAUUGUUGAAAAUGUUGUGUAACAGUGAAAUUGAUCGAAGCUUUAAAACAUUUCAAGUGUUAUAUUUAAUAUUAUUUUUAUUUAAUAUAUGUAUACAAUUAAGUAUAACAUUAUCUGUACCUAAUAUGAAUUAUAAUACAACAGCUACAAUGUUAGCAAAUGAAUCAUCAUCAAAUAAUUCAAUUGGUGAUAAUUUAUAUGUUAUAAAAGCAAUGGUAUAUGAAAUUGGUAUAUUAACAGAUGCAGAUAAUACAACUAAUAAUAAUACUGAAAGACAUGAAGAAGUAAAACUUUCAUUUUAUAAUCCUCCUAAUGAAAACAAUGGAUCAUAAAUUGGACAUUACUAUUUAAUUAAUUUCAAUAUAAUUAUUUUUUCAAAAAACAGAUUUGAGAACAUAUAUAUAAAAUAUAAACAAUUUUUAAAAUGAAUAUGUAUGUAUUUGGCAAAAUAUAAAUAUAUUCAUUUAAAUUAUAUUAACUUAAAUUAACAAUAAAUAUAUGUUUGAAUAAAACUUAUAACCAAAAAA